AUGGUGGAGAGGCUCUGGCUGUCCCUCCUAUGGGCGACCCUCUCGCUGCUUUUCGGGUUUUGCGAAAGCCUGCCUUCAUCCCCCGCGGCUCGGCGACAAGUCAAACGCGGUGUCGAAGACGAAUAUGCCCCCUUGUAUCCAGAAAUUGUUUGGCGCGGCGAACAUAUCAGGUCUUCAGACAAGGUCUACGACGCAGACGGUUUCUUCUCACGAGGCCUCGAGGCAAUCCGUAAAAAAGAAGAUAUUUCUACCACAGAUGCCGAUGAUGGGAGCAGUCUAUUUAUGCACAGCCAAGGGUUUAAUCUCAAGUUUUCGCAGUACGUCUCAACGACUACGAGCCCGGAAUAUGCCCUCUCAUAUGCUCGCGAUAAGAAGAAUCCGGCCACAACCGGAUACGUAUACCUGAUACACGCCGAUGAGAAGAUGAUCGAUGCAAGGGCCAGUCUCCGUGAGCACGGUAUUUAUCGGGAGCUGGAGCAAUCAGUGGCGGGAUACGUCCCGGCCGACCAGAUCAUGGGGCACUAUGUGGUAACCCGGGACAACGCCAAAAGUCUGUUAACCGCGGAUAAGAGGGGUUUCAGAGAGGAUGCAUUCGUCCCAAACCCUCUUUACAAAGCGGCCAAGUAUGAAGGUAAGAAAGGCAGCGGCGCGCAGUUUCAGCUCGCCGGGUUUCCCAAAGGUUCUCCCGCGUGGGAAGACGAUAGGUGGAAGGAAUUCGCGGACAAGUCUAUGGCAGACGAACUGGAUGAUUUCAUUAAGAUGAAGGUAUGCAACAACGAUCUCAGUUGCUAUAAAAAUUUUCGGCCUGUGGACCCCCGGGAGGAGGAGGAGGAGGAAAAGAAGAAAAGGAAGAAAAUGAAGGAAGGCAAGGCGACCGAAAACGACGAAGCGAUGAAGAAGGAGAGGGAGAAGGAGGGGGACGAAGAGGACAAGGAUAAAAAGAAAGAAGGGGAGGAAGAGAGGACUCCCGAUGCUGGUACUGAUCAGCCGGGUAACGGACGAGAGCCGAACAAAGAAGGAGACGGGGCCGAUAAAGAAGGCCCACCGCCCGAGGCGGAAGACUCCCGUUGCAAGGACAAGAGCUAUACGGGAAGUAGACGCGAUAGGGAGAGGGACAAUGAGAACAAGAAAAAGCCAGGGACUUCUUGGCGGCACCGGGUCAAGUGCACAAUAUCAUAG